CUCGCGGAGCGUCGCGGGAAUUAAAUGAAAAGAAUACGCUGUCUUCCGCGUUUGGCCCACCGGGGACAACGAGGUACUCGGUAACGAUUAUGAAAGCGACACGACGCGACGCGAACUCGGCAAACAAAAAGGAAAAGGGGCAAGGUAAGAAUCAUCAGCAACUGAUGGCAAGGAUGAAGGUGAUUAGGAAAAUUGAAGAUGGAGGAUUCUGUGUGAGCGCGACAGUUGUAUUCACACGAAACGUAGAUAGGCUUUCCAAUUUAUUGAAACAGCCGAGAUGUUUUGCAGCUCACGGAUGUGUCAUUUUGUUCUGUGACAUUCUUCGAAUAUCUCUGCUCCCAUAGAAAUGAAAUGGUUCUAAGAAGAAAUGGUAUUUAAGAAGAAAUUUAAAACGACAAGGAUAAUAUUUUAUUCGGCAUAUGAAAAGUUGUUGGAUUCCAAAGUUGUAAGACAGAAACGGUAAAAAUGACCAUGUCCGUUGUUAGCGAAAAUCGCUAGCAAGAAGUUAAGAAGGAGACAAUCAAGAAUUUUUUCAUUCUGCGACUACCUUCGCCAGUAGCAGUUUUCUAAAAUUCUCGUUUGUACAAACUUGCUGAAACGUGCAAGGCACGACAGGCGUUUCAGGUGUGCACGGAAUCUGCUAGAAUCUGUCUGAAAACUUAGAAAAGCCGGUCAUGAAACGGGCUGCUGUAAAGUGGGAUAAAAAGUACAUGAAAACGUAGCCCGUGGUGGAGAAAGAGUUUUCAGGAUAUUUUCGUUGCAUGUGAAUCGCCACAGGAAUAAGGAGGAAACGUUUCGAAGCUGAUCAAUUAUUAAGCUCAAUUUUUGAAAGAAAGCUUCUUGCUUAUUACAAGAAAAUUUUAUGACUUUACAUUGAAAGCUAUUUGAAAAGUUUUAUGCAGUUGUUUUUAAUUAGGUUGCAGUAGGUUUAGAUCAUGAUUGACUCUACCACUAUUAAUUGAAGAUCAUGGUUCGUUUGCAAAUAGCUCCGUUCAAACACCUCAAAAAAAAAACUACUUCAUGCUUCACGAGAAAAGGUUCUCUCAACAUCCGCGACAUCCUAUUGAACUCAAACGUUUAUUUACCAUACCUGCACGAUCGUCAAACAAGAAACGUCAACAUUGACGUGCAGUAAAUACCGAGAGGAACAAACUACGGCCGACAUCAUUUAUUUCCUACCUGGAAAUAUUUCCUUCAGAUGUUUAGAAAACUUUUCUAACGCGGCGAUGCAUACUUUGAGGAGGUUCAGUCUAGCGAGAACUUUGAAAGGUGUCGACACGCUGUACAAAGGACAUACAUAGUCUCUCUCUCUGUAGUGAAGGAUAGCUAGGGUUGAAUUAAAUUUCGGUUAAAUUUGAAUGGAAUUAUUGAUAGAAAAAAUAUUUGGAUGUCUUUGGAAUUUAAGAACGUAAUUUUUCAUUGACCGACGUUUCAGAUUCUAUAUGUUGUAGUACAAUCUUCCCAUCUAAAUAAUAUAUUUAGUCAUCGUUCAUUUAAAAAUUAAUUUUCAUAAUCAAUAUUUCAACAUCCUUAAACUUUAAACUCAAUAUUUUAACCCACCCUAUACGGCACUCGAAAAAGUUUCCCCUGACUUUCUCACUUGUUCGAUAAUCGAUCAGGUUAUCUCGUGGAUAUACGAUAGAUGUACGAUAUAACUUAGGGGUUGGAAAAUUGAUUGACGAUGCGUAAAAGGAGAACGGCGAAGUCCGAUGCGUCGGGUAAAGGACGGAAGCAAAUCGACGAGGAUUCCUGGCGUGCCGAGUUAGAGGCGAUCUCGAUUAACGAGGACAGCUGGUGGUGUAUGGUGAUACUGAUGGUCGAGACGAUCGUCGAACACUCAAAGUGCGUGUCAAUUUUCAACGCGGCUGCUGAAGAUGGUAAACGAAAAGCAAUUUACUCUUUGAGCUACCGGCAAACCUUGGACGCUGUGAAAGUGUUUUCGAACCAGAGCCUGGAUAAAUGCCCAACGAUCCAGGGCGUUUGUCAUUACGCUAGCAAGAUUCUGAACGAGGACAACGGUGUACUGCCCUGUUGGCUGAUGGCACGAGUUAUCAAAUAUUUGAUAUACCGAGCCAAAGAAGAGAACAUUGGUGUGGUGAAAAAACUGGCUGAUCUGGAGCGUAAAAUAGAUGAAGAGUAUUUGAUCAUGCAGACUGUGGCUGAUUGGGGACAACCAAAAUCAAAGGGGUUUGACCCAGAGGUAUUCAACUUCAAGGCAAACACGAAACUGAGGAAACGCAACGAGGAAUGGCGGGAUACCGUUUACGUCGAUGAUGCUCCGUUAAACGGACCAAAUCUCUACGUGAUUCUCACAGGUUUUCAGAAUCCAGAUCUACCGGAACACUUGAUGGAGGUGGAUGUACCGACAACCUGCAUCCUCAGGAUUCUAAGACCGAACGAAAAACUGGAUCGAAGAGUGGAACAGGAACCAACCGAAUCUUCGACCACCAAGAAAUUACAAUUUCAUGAAGCGUAUUUCGUUGAGAAAGCCGAUUUGUUUAAUUUUUGGACAACAAUCGAGAAACGAUCGAUGGAUCCUAAAAACCAUCCACAUUUAUGUGACAUUGCGUUCUUAACCUUCUGUCCGCCAAAAGUUCCACAGGAAUUUGAUGAAGAUGAAUAUGAAACUAUGAAGAAGGAUAUGUACAACAAUGUAUCGUAUUUCGUGUAUGAUAUUUAUGAUCUUCAUCGACAGCACAGUAAUUACUUGAAAAGUAUGUACGUGGACAAGAGUAUUCUUAACGUUGUAGAAGAAAAAGUGGAUACGAAGGUUUAUGAGGCAUUUUUGGAUGAGAUACCUCCGGAAUGUGUUACUGUGCCGUUGGUAUUGCUGGCUAUGUUGAUGCAAAUUGAAGAAAAUGAGGGAAAACUAGAAGUUGAAAACUUUGUUAAUGAGAAAGGUGAUGCUAAUGUGUCUGAAACGACAGAAACCGAACCUGUCAUCCAAUCCUCCAUUACCCUAAUUCAACAAAAAUUAGAUUUCCUGAAUCUUAAAUUCGGUCUAAACGAGGUCUACAAUAAUGAGGAACCUGACAUCGAAUUAAUCCAUGGAGACUCAAUGAACGAAGUCGUUCGCCUUCUCCAUAACACCACAGCCAUAGCCAACAUAGUAAACAAUAUUUUAUCGAUCUUCUGGCACCCGAGUAUCGGCAUUUUUAAUUCGCAGCCAGAAAUUUCUGAGAAAAAACGUAAAGAGUACUCUCGUCACCUCGAUGAAACUAGAGGUUACUUCGAUGUUGAAAUUAGCAACGAAGAGAUCAAACACUAUUUGCAUAUUUUAUUGUUCGACAGAAUGAUAUUUGGACCACCUGUGUUUAACACCGAAAAACCCGUAUUGAAAAGUAUGAUGAAUUUACAAAGUUCAAUCUCCUCGUUGAAACGCAGCAAAUCGUCCUCCGAUCUGACCUUAAAAUCCACCGACAAAGUUCACAUUCAAAGCGAUGGGAAUAUUGAUUACGGUAAAAUCGUGCCAACUUUUGUCGAAUGUGCUUCUCUGUUCGAUCUGAUAGAUCCCCGUGAAUUGUUAGCACCCGGUUAUUUACAAAACAAUAUAUUUAAUAAAAGAAAAGAUGACAAGCGGAGUUUGAAAAAUUUCAACGACGUGGAAGUGUUGUCGAGGUGGUUUUUUCUGCAGCUUCUUUACGAAUGUCUUCAAACGUUCGAUCACACGGAGUCUCAGUAUUUUGAACCGACGGAUUCGUUGUUGCUGUAUUUCGGUAACAAGAGGAUAGUUAAUGGAGUGCACCAGGAGGAACGAAUUUGCAACAUUCGAACGCCAGUUCGUCUUCGCGACUUCAACGAGUACGUGGUAGCUGAAGAAAAGGAUUGGAUACGUCGCGAGGAAGAACUGUACAUAUUGCAGACGACCGAAUUGAUCGAAAGAUUAAUGAUGAAGAGAGCCGAGAUGUACGACGAGACGUUGCUGUUCCGCGACGAAGAUUUCAUUCUGCCUGGAUCCUUGAAGGCUAGGGAUCUUGCGAAACGGCGGGAUUUACUUCGACAAAAACGAACUCUGGAAACGGAAACCACUUCUGCUGAGGAGACGGUAGAAAGUUCAAAGAAGAAGAAAAAAACGGCUUCUAAGAAAAAGAAACGACAGGAUGAUAAAGCCACUACUGAAAAAGCUAGCUCGACGUCGAGUCCAGACCUAAGGUCCUUUUCAACAACGAAACAAAGCUUAUCGGUUCAUACAGUUGAAAAAGAAACAGACUAUGAGUUCGUAGGCUAUGAUCUUGGCAGAUUACGCGUACAAAUCAAGAAUACCAAGAAAACUUUUUCUUCAGCUGAUGGUACUUUGGUGCAAGUGGAAAUGGACGACUGGCUUUACAAAGACAAAGACAUACGGAUUACAGUUACUGUACACGAUUACAGUUUACGAUUAUUUCAGCGAAUUAAUAAUGGCAGUCGUGAAAGCAGCAAAAUGUUUCAUUUAACGACUGGAACUGGGAUUAUCCUUGCCUUUGAGAAAUUCUUGAUCCCAUCGCUGGAAGAAAGAAAUUCUCAGGACAGUUGGCAAAAUAUAAGCGUCAGUUUCAAAGCAUCAUGGCCGACUGGAUUACUGAUAGAACCAAUCAUCGGUACCGAACCCGAUAAUCCAUUUUAUAUUCGUCAAUGCUAUGGGACAUCGAAAAGAUACGGUAACAUCAAUGGCGUCCAUGAAGUUUGCAGAAAGUUUCUGAGAAAUGGAACCAUUUUGAAGUAUCUCGACGAUGGUAAAAUUAUUGUUCUUCGACCUAAUGGAGUCAUUGUAACUUGUACAUCCUUCGAAAAGCUUCCAUUUGACGAAUACGAAGACAAUAAAGAUGACACGAAUUUUCAAAAAGGUGACAGAUCAAGCAGAGAGAAGAAAGUUUUUAAAAUUAGAAGAAAGUCGUCGAGUUUGCCGAGGCCUCAAGCGGUUAAAGUGGUCGAAGGAACUCCUACACCGUUACAGCAGAGUUCAUCGACGGUGAAUCAAGAUCAUGACAGUAUCCUGUCAAUGGAUGAUACACCGGUCAAAGUGUUAGGGUACACGGUGCUGGAUCACGAUGGUGGAUGGUACGAGGUGGCCGACGACUUGGUCGUAAGCGUACACCAUCGAUUACUCGUGAGGACAGCCUCCGACUACGAGGUCAACGAGAAAUUCACACGUCGAGCUGACGGCACCAACAUGUUGCUGAAUUCUAAUGGGGAAUUGAUUGUCGAAUUCCCUGAUGGCACGCGUAUCACAACCGGAUAUACGAUAGAAAAGGAACCAGUGACGUGUGACUGGACCGAAGAAGAAAUUCUAGAAUAUUUUGUAUCUAAAGAAAGCCAGGAGCAAGGAACUCAAAACUACGGUGUAUCGUUUGCGAAUCUGAAGCACUUUGACGAGGCUACCUCAAGACACAGCUUCGAAUACGAGGAAGAUGUGACUGGGCUAUUGAUCGAGGAUGGCUUUGUCUCCGUUCAGUUGACAUGUCGCGUGGAACACAAGAACUAUGCCACGGUGUUCUACGAUCAGUCAACAGUUAGCUGUACUUUAUCGAUGCCAGACAAAGUUCGAGUCAGCAUAUCCGGAAGAGGUGAUUACGAAGUUUCGAUGGCCGAUGGAGUUGAUCUGAAGAUCAAAGAAGAUGGUGUAACGUUCAGAGGCAACUCGUGCGCCAUCUGUGGCAACCGAUCAACCUCCACCUACAACUUCUGCCUCUUCGAGUUUCCGGCCGUUAUAUUUUCCACUACAGACGUUUUUAAAAAUGUAUUCGAAGUGCUGGAUGACGGUAGGACGAGUUACCAUCGCAAAGAAACGUUAGAACGUCAGAAAUCGAAGUCAAACGUGGACCUUGUCGAAGGCAAAGUGACUUACCAGGACAGAGAAGAGACGGAGAACGAAGGAAACGAAUGCUUUGAGCAUUACUGCGAUCACGAGAGGCUCUGCUUCCGGCCCAAUGACAUUCGUUCCAGAAUAUUUUCGAUAAAUCGGAAUCUCACGGCUUACGAGUACCUUCAUCGAUCCGUAAGCAACCAGGCCGAAUUGGCAACCACCUUUGAUAACCAGACUAGCGCCAUCAUCUAUCCUAGUCCACACAGACCGAAACUUCGUCGACUUAUUAUGUUUGAACCGUUGAAACCUGAAUCACAAUCAAAGACCCUGCUAACAAUUCAGCAUUCUGGAUUGAAGCCAACAAACUUCGAUAGAAGAAAGAUGUUACGAAGCACAUACUCGAUUCCCUACGAUUGGCCCUUUCCGUUUGGCAAAAAUGGCGAUGGUAUUUGGGCAAAUACUCACGACCUUCCUUUAAUAAGUAACAUGGAACACAAUUUGCCAAAGUUAUUGAAAAUUCGAGUUUUAUACGGUUUCAAGGAACAAAAUGUGAAUGCGGUCGUUGAUCUCCAAAGGGCACUCGGACGCUAUUGGAUGUCGUUAGCCUCUGGUAGUCACGAACCGUCUAUCAAGAAGAUGUUAGAAAUGAAGAAGCUUGUACCAGAAAAAACAGUAUCGAUCUACGAUUAUUUGGAGAACAAUCUUCAGAAUUUAGCACUUGGUAUUAUUAAAACUAUAGACACUGUAACCUAUAAAAGUGGUUUAGAGAAACAUUGGAUGAGACCAAAAUCAGAACAUCCAAUGCGAUCAAGCAAAUUUGUCAGAUUAUUGAAAGAAACUGCGACGAAUAAAGAAGAAUUCGACUGGUACAGACGUUGCAUGAGGGAAGGAAUAGUUUUGCCAUAUUUCCAAAACAAAACUGGAACUUGUUUCCUUUGGAUAGAAGAAUGCAUGGUGAAUGCCGUGAACAUAUCACAAGCUAACAGACCGUCUAUCAAAAUGAAUAAAAAGUAGCAGAAUUUUAGAUCAUCCUCUUAUUCGACGUACUUCCGUCAGCUAAGUUUCCCUCAGGAUUAAAUUAACUCCAUCAAAGAGCCUCCAAGUUUUUGAACGUAGACGGCGAUCUGCUAACCAAAAGUUAAGAGAAUAUGAUAAACAACUCGGGAAAAUUGCUUGAACAUAUAAUUAGCUCGAUGUAUAAAGAAGACGUUUAAUACAAAACGAAAGGCCCCUUCUUCUGAAUCCAAUUGCUUGGAACGCCCUGUAUAAUCAUUUCACGAUAGAAACUCAAGUGUUCAUUAUCAGGAUGCGUCUAAUGUUCCGCGUAACUGAAUUAAAACUGUUAAACGAAGGAAACAAUUUUCCAGGGCGCUGUUCCAGGCACAAAACCCUGCUUUCCCGCGUCGGAGCAAGAACGUAUCAAGUCGAUAAUUGAAGAAGCUCACCGACUAUCAGCAUCUAGCGGUGAUAAAUUUUUUGCUUAGACCCUCGAGGCGUUGGUGACCAACUUUCAACGGUGACGAUGAUUGCUUUCGCCUUUUACGUUCUUAUAAAAACGAUUGUACAAAUAAACGAACACAAUCACAACAGCCCAACACAUAUAGCGUGGCACUAAAGCAAUUUAUUCGCUUCUGUCGUGAUGCGCGAUAUAAAAAUCAGCUUCCAUCGUGAUGAAAAUUCAUACUGGAGAUUGUGGGCAGCUCACCGCGAAACGAGAGAUCCCUUUUGUACCAGAAAUCCCAAGGCGUCUUCUCAUCCUUUAUUCACCUGCAGUCGGGGUGUAUCUUUCCACCUACAGCAGCACAGUUUCGCCUUUCGAAAAUCCCUGCUGGAGAUCCGUGGAUCGCGAACAGAAACGCAUGCUUAUUACGUGCACUGAAAAUGAUUCGGGAAGAAACAAUACGGCUUAAAUCCAACCACGAACUUCGAGAAGCUGAUGCAGUAUCUUGAUGCUCUUCGCGUUCUGGUAAGAAAAAAAAAAAAGAAAACAGAAACAAAAAA